AUACAGAGAGAGAUACAGCGAGGCAUAUAUGGAAAGAGAGAGAGAGCAUAUUUUGGACCUUAGACAUUUAGACACCUCUCCCUCCCCGGAAAAGAAGAGGUGUGAGUAAACAUCUCUGAAUAACUAUUCUCUCUGGUGUCAUUGUCAACCAGGACACAGCAUAGUGUAUAAAACUCUACAUGAUGGCUGACCACAGAGGACGUAAAGAUUUUAUCUACACUGUAGUAAACUAAACUAAUAUAAACUAAAUAUACAAGCUAAUCUACACUGUUGUAAACUAAACUAAUGUAAACUAAAUACACAAACUAAUCUACACUGUGAUAAACAAACAUGGUUCUCAGAAAAUAUGUCUGUGGUCACAUGGUGGUGGUUACUGUCAUACUAUUGGUUAGACAGUUUCCCCUUUAAUGAGGUUGACUGUUAAAACUGUCUCUGACAUUAGACUGAGUCACACAGAGACUCCAGCUGUGCAGCGAACAGACACAAACCUACAACUGAGAUAACAGCAGACUUUACAACAGUAGAAGAUACAACAGUAGAAGAUACAACAGUAGAAGAUACAACAGUAGAAGAUACAACAGUAGAAGAUACAACAGUAGAAGAUACAACAGCAGACUUUACAGCAGACUUUACAACAGUAGAAGAUACAACAGUAGAAGUUACAACAGUAGAAGAUACAACAGUAGAAGAUACAAUAGUAGAAGAUACAACAGUAGAACAUACAACAGCAGAAGAUACAACAGUAGAAGUUACUUCAUUUGAGCUGUGUAAAGAUGUCAGAGGAAACCUAUAAAAACAGAGAUGGAUUGAAAGGGAAAAAAACAAAUGAGACCAUGAAUAUUGAUGAUCAUAUACCGAUCAACGAAAGACCCAUCAUGCCCUGCAAGAAGGAUGGAGCUGGUGAUCAACAUUCAGUGUCUUGUCAGUGGUGGAAGAGAUACUCUGGAGCUUCUGCAGUGUGUCUGGGGCUGCUGUGUGUUCUCCUACUGGCUGGAAUCAUAGGCCUGUUUCUCUACCAGAGAAACCAAUUGACCUGUUCCAACACCCUGACUGAAGAGAGGGACCAGUUACAGACCAGCAGAAACAAUCUGACUGAAGAGAGAGACCAGCUACAGACUAGCAACAACACGCGGACCAAAGAGAGGGACCAGCUACAGACCAGCGACAACACCCUGACCAAUGAGAGAGACCAGCUACAGACCAGUUACAACACCCUGACCAAAGAGAGAGACCAGCUACAGAUCAGUUACAACACUCUGACCAAAGAGAGAGACCAGCUACAGAAAGAGACAGAACUUCUGAAACAAUCUUUAGUUGAGAAAGUGUGUCCUCGAGGAUGGAAGAAGCUUGGUAGCAGUUGUUACUACGUCUCUACUGAGAAAAAAUCCUGGGAGGAGAGCAGACAGGACUGCAGAAAUAGAGGAGCAGACCUGGUCGUCAUCAACAGCCAAGAGAAACAGACAUUAGUCAAUUGGUUAUGUGGAGUAAAGAACUAUGUCUGGAUUGGUCUGACUGACUCUGUUACUGAGGGGACCUGGAAAUGGGUGGACGGCACACCACUGACCACAAAGUAUUGGAACAGUAAAGAGCCUAAUGGUGGUCGAGCAGAGAACUGUGUGUAUUUCUACUCCUGGUCAUCAGACACAGGAGCUUGGUGGGACUAUGACUGUUCCUAUAAAUACAGAUGGAUCUGUGAGAAAUAGGAUUCAUCCUCAGUACUCUAUAUAUAUAUAUAUAUAUAUAACAAGACAAAUGUAUAACACAUAAUAUAAUAAAUAAAAAUAACAGAACAUAAGCAACAACAAUACAAUGAAUUGAUAACAGAAAGACUGUUCUCUCUAUUGUUGAGGAAAUUCACCACUAAGGACAAAAAAUCUCUGGAAAUGAAUCAAUCUUUAUUAUGACAGUCAUGGAUUUAAUUUUUAUUUGAAUUA